AUGUCAGUGCUCGGAAUAGACAUAGGAAAUGAUAACUCCGUGGUUGCAGCUAUAAACAAAGGAGCCAUAAACAUUGUGAGGAAUGAUGUGUCAGAGAGGCUGACGCCCACUAUGGUGGCGUUCACGGAGAAGGAAAGGUUAAUUGGAGACAACGCACUAGCGAAGGUGAAGUCGAACUUUAAGAACACAUGCAGGAAUAUAAAGAACCUCAUUGGGAAAUUGGGUGAGCAGGCUCAGGAAGACGACAUGGAAUUGAGUGAAUCGUUUGGAAAUAUAGUACCAUGUGAGCAUAACUAUUUGGGGUACCAGGUGGAAUAUAAAAAGGAGAAGGUAGACAUAAGUGUGGUACGAGUCUUAUCAGCUCUCCUCUUUUUUCUAAUUAAGUUGGCAGAAAAGUUCAUAGGAAAAGAAUGCAACGAAAUCGUUUUGUCCUACCCCCCUACUUUUACGAACAGCCAAAAGGAAUGUCUCCUCGCAGCAACGAAAAUUAUAAACGUGAAUGCGCUCAGAAUUAUAAGUGACAACACAGCUGUUGCAUUGGAUUAUGGUAUGUAUAGAAUGAAAGAAUUUAAAGAGGACGUUGGGUCGGUAGUCGUGUUUGUUAAUAUAGGUUACGCCAAUACCUGCGUGUGUGUUGCUCGUUUUUUCUCCAAUAAGUGUGAGAUAUUAAGUGACCUUGCAGACACGAAUUUAGGAGGAAGAAACAUCGACAAUGAGCUCAUCAAAUACAUCAAUAACGUGUUUAUUACUUCACAUAAGAUGAACCCUCUGUAUAAGGUAAAGUCGACUGAUCUAUGCGAAAUGGGAACGGGGAGGCUGAACCCAUAUUUUGUCACGUCGAAUAAUGAAACGAGUCAGAUCGAUAACAAGAUAAGAGUGAAGUUGCAAGAUGUUGCCGUGAAGACGAAGAAGGUCCUCUCAGCGAACAACGAUACGUCCAUUCAUGUGGAGUGCCUUUAUGAAGACAUGGACUGUCAGGGAUCCAUAAGUAGAGAAAACUUCGAAGAAUUGUGUGCCCCUUUCUUUCUCACCAAAUUGGAAGCUCUACUAAAUAAAGCCAUGCAAGUGAGCAAACUCAACAUUGCAGAUGUGCAGUCGAUAGAAAUUUUAGGAGGUUCCACUAGAAUUCCAUUCAUACAGAAAUAUCUGGAACAGUAUUUCGAUAAGCCAUUAUCCAAAACGUUAAUUGCAGAUGAAUCUGUUGCAAGGGGUUGCGUCCUCUCAGGAGCCAUGAUUAGUAAACACUACAAAGUGAAGGAGUACCAAUGUAUAGAAAAAGUAACGCACCCAAUUAGUGUCGAGUGGCAUAAUGUGAAUGACCCAUCCAAGUCCAAGGUGGAAAGAUUGUACGAUACAGAUUCUUUAAAGAAGAAGAUGAAGAAGGUUGUCAUUCCGGAGAAGGGACACAUAAAAGUGACUGCCUACUAUGAGGACAGCCCAGAUUUGCCACCACACUGCAUUAAGGAGUUGGGUUCUUGCCUCAUAAAAGUGAAUGAAAAAAAUGACAAGAUUGUUGAAUCACACGUAAUGACCACCUUCUCGGAGAGUGACACCUUCACUUUCUUAGGCGCACAGACAGUGUCCAAAACGGUCAUUAAAUCGAAAGAGGAUAAGAAAAAAAGUGAGGAGAAAAAAGACAUACAAAAGGGUGAUGCAUCUAGUGGGGCGGAAAACGCAGAUGCAUCAAAUGGAGACGCAGAUGGAAAGGAGAAAAAAACAAAUGAGGAAGAAUCGAAUGAAGGUAAGGAAAGCAACACCGAUGGAGCAAUUCCUAACGGCAAUGCGACGUUAUCUCACCAAAGUGGAAAUAAAGCAGAACUGAAAAAAGGAGAAGAAGGAAAAAUACAGACAUGCUACACUACACUACCCAUCGAAGUGAUCGCACCUCCAGGAUCAUACAGUUCGAAAGAUAUCUACAAUUUUAGCGAAGCAGAAAUUAACAUGCAGCAUAGUGAUCUGCAAGAAGCAGAAAGGUUGAAAAAUAUAAACGAGUUGGAAACAAUCAUAUACGAAACGAGAAACAGACUAAACGGAAUGUACAAAGAUUUUGUGAUCGAGGAGGAAAGAGACUCCAUCCUCCUAGCUCUGGAUGAUUGCGAAAAUUGGAUUUAUGAUAAUAUUGAGGAAGGUAAAAACGCCUUUAUAAAGAAAAAGGAAGAAAUUAGGGAAAGGAUUAAAGACAUAAUUUACAAAUAUGAUACGUGGAAUGCGAAGCAGAAAAACUUGGGAAACAUUUUAAACCAUUUGAAAAAUAUCAUUGCUCAGUGUGAGAAGAGACCAUCCGAGGAAAGUCAGAAAAUUAUUUCCAGGACGACAAAUCUGCUCGACAAUAUUAACGCCAUGCAAGAGAAGGAGAUGAAGCAGCCCCUGUAUGAGGCACCGCUAUACACCCUCAAAGAUAUAGAAAGCGAAUUUAACGAAGUCACCCAAAUGGCGCAGAAACAUUUCUCCAAAUUGGAGGCAGAAGAAUUAGCCAAACAGAAGGAGAAGGAAAAGCAGGAAAAACAGGAGAGGGAAAAAAUGGAAAAGGAAAAGAAGAAACACCAACAGGCCGAUAGGAAGGACGCAGACGACAGUGGUGACAAGGAUAAUAGUAAGGACGCCAAGGAAACCGACGAGACGGAUAACUCCACCAACAAGGACAACGCAGGUAGUGCCGAGGAGAAGGAAAUCUAA